AUGUCUCAAAGCGCAGAGCCUGGCCAGACAGGCACUGGCGAUAAUAACCCCAGCCUAAGCUACCACUGGGCAGGCCGAAAGGAUGCCCCUCGCGAAUCCCUCCACAACAAUGCCAACGAACUGGCCAACGAUGCCCCAACGACUGUCCUCCAGAACCCGCUGGCUGAUAUGACCGAAGAAGAACUCAUUGCCGAUGCCAGCGGCCUGUGUCUGCAAAAGGGUCUACUCGAGCACAUCGACACUUUCCGCAAAGCAGCCCUUCUGGCCAAGGUUAUCAACGUACCACAAGGGUUCGAGUCGAUCGAUGCUUUGAGCGAGGUCGAGAAGGAGAUUCUCCGCUACGAGGAGACACACCGCUGGAGAGCUCAGCCCAAGAUGCUCUACUUCCUUUGUGCUCUGUGUGCGGGAUGUGCUAUUGUGCAGGGCAUGGACCAGACGGUCAUCAAUGGCGCUCAGAGCUUCUACUUUGCCGAGUUCAAAAUCACCAGACAUGCGCUGAUCGGCCUGACCAAUGGUGCUCCCUAUGCUUCGGCCGCACUCAUCGGAUGCUGGCUCAAUGCCCCCCUGAACAACUGGUUCGGACGCCGUGGUACCAUCGCCUUCUCUUGCCUCUUCGCCUUUGUCACCGGUAUCUGGCAGGCCGCUGCCAACACAUGGCUCUGCUUCCUCCUCGCUCGCUUCACGCUCGGUCUCGCUGUCGGUGCCAAGUCAAGCACCACUCCCGUCUAUGCUGCCGAAUGCGCCCCCAAGAAUAUCCGUGGAGCCUUGACAAUGAUGUGGCAAAUGUGGACGGCAUUUGGCAUCAUGCUGGGAUUUGCUGUCUCGAUCGCUUUCCAGAACCUGAAGUAUCCUAACGAGUUCGCCCCCUGGCGAUGGAUGAUUGGGUCGACAUCCCUUCCACCGCUGAUCGUGGGAUCCCUUGUUUACUUCCUCCCUGAGAGUCCUCGUUGGUACAUGGACAAGGGAAACUUUGUGGAGGCUUAUAACUCGCUUAGAAGACUCCGCAAGUAUGAUUUGCAAGCUGCUCGCGAUAUGUAUCUUGCGUGGAAGUUUCUGCAGGUCGAGGAGCGCUCUAAGGAAGGCCACAACGUAUUCAAGGAGUUCUUUAGUGUCAGGAGAAACUGGCGAGCUGCUCAGUCUUCCUGGUUUUGUAUGCUGAUGCAGCAGUUCUGUGGUGUCAACGUGAUUGCGUACUACAGCACCAAGAUCUUUAAGGAUGCAGGAUACACACAGUCGCAGGCUCUGCUGAUCUCGUUCGGCGGCGGUGCCAUCAACUGGCUCUUUGCGUUGCCGGCAAUCUGGACAAUCGAUACCUUCGGCCGCCGAAACCUUCUCCUAUCGACGUUCCCUCUCAUGAGCAUAUGUCUGUUCUGGACUGGCGCAAACUUUUAUCUUCCAGAGGGACCUGUUCGCCUGGGGCUUCUUGCGACUGGCAUCUACCUGUUUAUGGCUGUGUACUCCCCCGGCCUUGGUCCAGUUCCAUUCACCUACAGCGCGGAAGCAUUUCCACUACACAUUCGGGCUCUGGGCAUGGCUUCGGCGACAUCUAUUACGUGGGCCUUUAACUUUCUUCUCAGUUUCACGUGGCCUUCUAUGGAGGCUGCCUUCACGACAUCAGGUGCCUUCUUCUGGUAUGCGUCAUGGAACAUGUUCGGGCUGGUGUUUGCAUACUUCCUCCUUCCGGAAACCAAGGCUCUGUCACUGGAGGAGUUGGACUUUGUCUUUAGCAUGCGCAACAGAGACCACGCUAAGUACUACGUCAAGCGACUGGGCUGGUACACAAAGAAGAUCAUGGGCCGCAACCCCGAGUCCAUGCCAGCGCUAUACCGAUUGGAAACAACUGCGACAGAGACAGAGAUAGAGGUCAAGCCAAGCAACGGGUAG